AUUAAAAUACAAAAAAAAAAAAACACACACAAACUGAAAAAAGAAAAAUAUUCCCUUGCCAGAGUCAAGAUUAACUUUGUGGCACGCAGCCCUAGGCUUUGUUUUCGUUUCGUCUCGUCUCCACACGCCUCCAACGUCAGAUUCAUCAUCAUCAUCAUCAACCUCUCUCCAUGAUCAUCGCUCCCGAUUGAUUGAUCAAUCAAACAAUCACCUUCUCUUAUCAUCAUCCUUAUCUUCUCUGUCAGUAUCUGAAUCUGCAUCUGGAAGCGUGAUUUCGUCAUCAUGUAUAUAACUGCUUCUUCUUCCGCUACUUCCUCGAUCCUUCGCGCUGCUUCUUCUCGCUCUUCUUCUCUCCUAUCUCUCCGAUCGUUACUCUCGCCGUCCGUCUCACCGUCGUCGUCUAUCAUCGCUCGUAGAUCUUUUGGUUCCAUUUCACCUGCGUUCCGUCGCUGGAGCCAUUGUUUUCACUCGAAACCGUCUCCGAUUAGUCUUACCUCUCAGAUCAGAGCUGUUUCUCCUGUUUUAGAUCGUCUUCAGAGAACCUUCUCUUCCAUGGCUUCAGAGCAUCCGUUUAAGGGGAUCUUCACUGCUCUUCCUAAGCCUGGUGGUGGUGAAUUCGGAAAGUUCUAUAGCUUGCCUGCACUAAAUGAUCCACGGAUUGAUAAGCUGCCUUACUCAAUCAGGAUUCUUCUUGAAUCUGCCAUUCGUAAUUGUGAUAACUUCCAAGUAACUAAGGAAGAUGUUGAGAAGAUUAUUGACUGGGAAAAGACAUCUCCUAAACAAGUCGAGAUUCCGUUUAAACCGGCUCGUGUUCUUCUGCAGGACUUUACUGGAGUCCCAGCUGUUGUUGACCUUGCUUGUAUGCGUGAUGCCAUGAACAAGCUAGGCAGUGAUUCCAACAAAAUCAAUCCCUUGGUUCCGGUGGAUCUUGUAAUUGACCACUCAGUUCAAGUUGAUGUUGCUCGAUCUGAAAAUGCAGUGCAAGCAAACAUGGAGCUUGAGUUCCAGAGGAACAAGGAGAGGUUUGCUUUCCUUAAAUGGGGUUCUACUGCGUUCCAGAACAUGCUUGUUGUGCCUCCUGGUUCUGGUAUUGUGCAUCAGGUCAAUUUGGAAUAUCUUGGAAGAGUUGUGUUCAAUACCAAAGGCCUUCUCUACCCAGACAGUGUGGUCGGAACUGAUUCACAUACCACUAUGAUUGAUGGUUUGGGAGUUGCUGGAUGGGGAGUUGGAGGCAUUGAAGCUGAGGCAACAAUGCUUGGCCAGCCCAUGAGUAUGGUAUUGCCUGGAGUUGUUGGAUUCAAACUGUCCGGAAAAAUGCGUAAUGGUGUAACAGCUACUGAUUUGGUUCUAACCGUAACUCAAAUGCUGAGGAAGCAUGGUGUUGUUGGAAAGUUUGUUGAGUUUUAUGGGGAUGGUAUGAGUGGGCUCUCCCUAGCUGACAGGGCUACAAUUGCCAAUAUGUCUCCUGAGUAUGGUGCAACCAUGGGCUUCUUCCCUGUGGAUCAUGUUACUCUACAGUAUCUCAAAUUGACAGGACGAACUGAUGAGACGGUGGACAUGAUUGAAGCAUAUCUUCGGGCAAACAAUAUGUUUGUUGACUACAAUGAGCCUCAGCAAGACCGAGUUUACUCGUCAUAUCUAGAACUGAACCUGGAUAAUGUUGAACCAUGCAUUUCUGGACCAAAGAGGCCACACGAUCGUGUUACUUUGAAGGACAUGAAAGCUGACUGGCAUUCAUGUCUUGACAGUAAAGUUGGGUUUAAGGGUUUUGCUAUACCUAAAGAGGCACACGAAAAAGUGGCUAAAUUUUCGUUCAAUGGUGAACCAGCGGAGAUUAAACAUGGAAGUGUGGUGAUUGCUGCAAUCACAAGUUGUACUAAUACAUCCAAUCCCAGCGUCAUGCUUGGUGCUGGUCUUGUUGCGAAGAAGGCUUCUGACCUUGGCCUACAGGUUAAGCCUUGGGUAAAGACAAGUCUUGCGCCAGGCUCAGGAGUUGUUACGAAAUACCUGUUAAAGAGUGGACUGCAAGAAUAUUUGAAUCACCAGGGUUUCAAUAUUGUCGGCUACGGUUGCACUACCUGCAUUGGGAAUUCUGGAGAAAUUAAUGAAUCAGUGGGAGCUGCUAUUACUGAAAAUGAUAUUGUGGCGGCUGCUGUGCUUUCUGGGAACAGGAACUUUGAGGGGCGUGUUCAUCCACUAACAAGAGCCAACUACCUUGCAUCUCCUCCGUUGGUGGUUGCCUAUGCUCUUGCUGGCACGGUUAACAUCGAUUUUGAAACAGAGCCUAUUGGCACUGGAAAGAAUGGCAAGGAUGUCUUCCUAAGGGAUAUCUGGCCAACCACUGAGGAAAUUGCUGAGGUUGUUCAAUCUAGUGUUUUGCCUGACAUGUUCCGAGCAACGUAUGAGUCAAUCACCAAGGGUAACCCCAUGUGGAAUAAGCUGUCUGUUCCUGAAGAUACCCUCUACUCCUGGGAUCCCAACUCAACUUACAUUCACGAGCCUCCGUACUUUAAAGACAUGACCAUGGAUCCUCCAGGGCCACACCAUGUGAAAGAUGCUUACUGUUUGCUCAACUUUGGAGACAGUAUCACCACCGAUCACAUCUCUCCAGCUGGGAACAUCCAAAAGGACAGUCCCGCUGCAAAGUUUCUCCUCGAGCGUGGCGUUGACCGUAAGGACUUCAACUCAUAUGGAAGUCGCCGUGGGAAUGAUGAAAUAAUGGCCAGAGGCACUUUUGCUAAUAUCCGUAUCGUUAACAAGCUCAUGAAUGGUGAAGUUGGCCCCAAGACAGUUCACAUUCCAUCUGGAGAGAAGCUCUCAGUCUUCGACGCAGCCAUGAAAUACAAGUCAUCUGGUGUAGACACAAUUAUUCUCGCUGGAGCUGAGUAUGGAAGCGGUAGCUCCCGUGAUUGGGCUGCCAAGGGACCCAUGCUACAGGGUGUCAAAGCAGUGAUUGCAAAGAGUUUUGAGAGAAUUCACCGAAGCAACUUGGUGGGAAUGGGAAUCAUCCCGCUGUGCUUUAAAUCCGGGGAAGAUGCAGAUACCCUUGGAUUGACUGGUCACGAACGCUUCACGAUCCAUCUCCCAACAGAUAUCUCAGAGAUAAGACCUGGCCAAGAUGUUACUGUCACUACCGACAACGGAAAAUCCUUCACUUGCACAGUCCGCUUCGACACCGAGGUGGAAUUGGCUUACUUCAACCAUGGAGGCAUUCUUCCAUACGUGAUCAGAAACUUGAGCAAGCAAUAGUGAAAAGGAAAACAACGAAAAUUCAUGGAGCAUAAAUAAAAGAGAGUUUUCUUUUUAACUGUUGAAAACUGUCAUUUUUAAGAAAGGCAGAUAAAGUCUGUCUAGGAUUAGAGUUGAAAAAGAUGAGUGAUCUCAUUGCAAGUAUGAGUUUUGUUUUCUAAGGUUUCAGGGGUUACCAUUAUUACACGUUUGGGCUCCCAAUGUUUCGCAACUUUUGCUAGCGCUGAAUAUUAUUGUUUCUAUAAAGGAAUAAAAGCGAAUCCCUUUUGAAAGGCC